AUGCUGAGCAAAAAUUGGGCAAACUUAUUUCUAGCACUAUGUUGUUGCUUUUUCUGCUAUCAAACGUUCAAUGCGCAAAAGGAGCCACUUAUCAUUGAGCAAAACGAAGCGCCCAUGAGUAGUAGUAGUAGUGAACUGGAAUUCAUUCGACCCUAUAUGGGACACCUUCCACCUGAUUAUUUGACAGUUCCUGAAUAUAAUCUCACGGCGUGUACUUAUCGGAAAUCAAUGUCGCAAAUGACGACGAAUGCAAUGUGUCUACUGUAUGACCCGAAACGGUUUUUGAGUGAAAAUCAUUCGUUUAAUGAGACGUGGAAGAGUAAGAGGUGAGUAUAGAGAUAGUGUUAGAGAUGCAGACAGCUAGAGAUGUCAGAGAGGCAGAGUAAAUUAACUUUGCACAGUUAUAACUUAAUAUACCGUGCAGAGUUAAUUUGCAGUACACAAUAGUCUCGUUAACGUUAAAAACGUUAACGUUAAGAAACUUUAACGUUGAGAAACUUUAACGUUAAGAAACGUUAAAGUUGAGUAACGUGAACGUUAAAAGACGUUAAUAUACCGUGCAGAGUUAAUUUGCAGUAAACAAAUAGUCUAACGUUAACGUUAAGAAACUUUAACGUUGAGAAACGUUAACGUUAAAAGACGUUAAUAUACCGUUUGCAGUACACAAUAGUCUCAUUAAAGUUAAAAACAUUAACGUUUAGAAACGUUAACGUUAAAAGACGUUAAUAUAGCGUGCAAACACCGUGCAGAGUUAAUUUGCAGUACACAAUAGUCUCGUUAACGUUAAAAAAGUUUACGUUGAGAAACUUUAACGUUAAAAGACGUUAAUAUACCGUUUGCAGUACACAAUAGUCUCGUUAACGUUAAGAAACUUUAACGUUUAGAAACGUGAACGUUAAAAAACGUUAAAGUUAAGAAAGUUAACAUUUUUUUUUGCAAUUUUCAGAUCUUGUAAAGCUGCUGACAAGAAUGGCUUCGGAGGUUUCCCCGAAAAUCUUCAAAACACUUCGCGAUACACGAGAUUUGUCUUCAUUCGUGACCCAUUCGAUAGAUUUAUCUCAUUCUACUUGGAUAAAUGUCUCCACGAAAAACGAUGUUAUAAUUGUGAACCUGAAGACCUACGAUGUGUAGUCAAAGAAGUCUACGAGAGUUUAUUGAAGAUAUCGCGAGGUGAACAGGCACUUUUGACAAAAAUGUUGAAUAGCUCGUCAUAUAUGGAUAUACAUGCAACACCAACUUCUUGGGUUUGUGAUUUUCAACAAUUUCGAAAUGUUUAUUAUAUUAUGGUUAUUGGUUCGAGUUUUGAUGAGAGAAAAGAGCCAAUUUCGAAAUUUGUCGAGAUUUUAAGACGGAAAAAUGUGCCGGAAGUGUAUAUUUCAAAAAUCGAGGGAAAUCUAUUGACAUCUGAAACUCAUCAUUCAACACAUAAUUCUGAAAUGCGAAAAAUUGCGGAGGAAAAAGUGAAAAAUGACAAAAUCAUACGGGAUUAUUUGCAUAAAAUAUAUUUCUAUGAUUAUUUGGUUUUUCCGGAGUUCGAUAGAGCGCAUUUGGAUGCACCGUAUAAUAUGAGCAAUUCAAGUUUUGAUGAGAAAUAUCGAAAGGAUUAUGAAAGUCUUAUAAAAAGUCAGGAAUUUUUAUCGAAAUUGAAAAAUUGA